UUUAAUCACUGCGCCUUCAACCAUGUGGCGACAGGGAAAGCAGUAUGGACUUGGAGUCGUCCUGCCAUUGGCUAUUGGACUUCUGCUCUGCUCUGCGCAGACGCAAAGCUCUGUGACGUCAUUAAGAAGGACAGCAGCAGCAGCAGGGGAUGCUGCAGCAGCAGCCCAAAUCCUUGAAGACGCACAACCCAGCAGCGUAGUUCAGGAUUGGAGUUUGGUGUGCAAAGAGCUCUGCGGAGCCGGCCUGGGCGUUGCGACGCCUGGCGAGGCCCAUUCUACGAUCCUGAGACCGGAAAUUGAUGCGGCCAAGUGCGGGCAACUGUGUGGACUGCCCAGGGAUAAUGUGGGCGAUAGACUCUGCUCGAGCUACUGCCAGCAAAGGCAUCGCUCGCUGUCCGGCUGCAGUCCAUGCCAGGUGCAGGAGGUGAAGGAGGAGGCCAGUGCUGUGCAGAGCAAUGCCACACAUGGUCCCAGAACCGAGGAAUACCAGGAGGCAGCAGUUGUAGCUGUAGCUGUGGCAGCCGCCUCCGAUGGUGCGACAACGGCGACACCCGACUGGAACGAAUUGUGCAAGUCGCUCUGCAAGACUGGCGAUGGCGGGUCUUUGUGCAACUGUGAUCUAUCGCCGUUCUUCACCUGAUAACCCCAGGUGCGAAGGCAAGGUGCUGGAUCACAAAUAAUAAUUUAUAUAUUAUAUAAUUCGACAGUUGUAUAACAUUUUGUUGUUCUUCGUUUUGGAUUUGAGUUAGUGCUAGUGUUGUCUUUAUAUAUAUACAUAUAUAUUCUAUAUUCCAUAUCUUGUUGCGAGAGUUUAGUUGAAAAUACUGUAAAGAGAAACAAGAAACUAUAGAAGAAAGAUGGUAAAUCAAAAAAAUGUAAUCAUAAACGAGGAAAACAGAAAGCGAGAAUAGAAGAGAAUCACGCGCAAUUGCCGGAGGAAGAGCGAACAAAUUCGAAACAAAUUCCCUAUGCGAAUCAAUUAAUUUGUAAUUAAUUUCAAUUGAAAAACGUAACUUUAGAAUGUAAGCGGAGGAAUCCAACAGCAGUAUCACACAGGGCUUCCAGUGCACCCCUCGCUGGAUAGAAGGAAGGAUCGCAAGAUCAUUCAUCCCUUGGUAUCCGGUGGGGGGGCACAAACCCCCAAAAAGUAUUAGGUGAUUGGAAUAGGGAGACACAACCAAUUAAUAUCAACAAACACAACAUAUCGUGGUAAAUCAAUUACUUACACUUCAGACUUUUGAUUUCUUAAUGGAUGGAAUCAGCAUAUCAAUUUACGAAGCAGGAGGCAGGAGGCUAUCUGAAGUUGAUGCGAGUAUCCGAGCAGUUUUUGUUUCAGUUCAGUUUUUGGCUUAACGGCAUCAAUUAUGUGUGUCACAUUAACCAAGAGUUUAGUGUUGGUUACAGAUAUAAAUAUGAAUAUAUACGAGUAAAUACGAUAUUGGUCUAUAUAAUAUCUAUACACAAAAAUGAGUUGCGAUUGCAAAUCACAAACUCAAAAGCGGGACAAACAAAAACCCUGAAAUUCCCGCGUAUACAUUUACAAUUAUUAUAGAUAUCAUUCUAUAUAUAUAAAUAAUAUAUAUGCUAACAUUAUCUGUGUGUUUGGAAGACAUUUUUUCGCAUUGUAUGAAAUGGAAGACAAUUUCAGCAAGCAACAACAACAGCAAAAAGCAUUCUGGAAGACAUGCGUCAAUUUAUUGCAGGGUGGGGAGCAAACACCAUCAUGCGCCCCACCUUGCAACUAGUUUAGUAAGGCCCUACAAAUAAUAUAAAUAAUAUAUUUAAACUUUAUUUUGAUUCAAAACAAACCCUAGUCAAUGGCUAGCACACGUUGUUGUGUCAAAAACGCGACGCUGUGACUGACAAUAAUUACUAGAAAUAAUACAAAGAA